CAAGUCACACUGCUCUGGCUUGGCUCUUUCAUCUCCAAUCCCCCAGCUCCUCAGCCUUCACCAGUCAACAUGGGGAUGGCCAUGACCUCCUCCCCACAGCCACCACCUCCCCCGCGCCGCCGCCGCAGCCGCUUGCACUCGGCAACCACAAUCUCCGCCCCCAGUGCCAACCCCAACCCCAACCCCAAGGCCAAGGUCAUCCCCCUUCUAUCCGACGUCGGCCGCCUUCAGUCCGCAACUCCCACUCCCACCCCAAAUGGCAAUCCUAGCUCCAACUCGAAGGGCAAGGUACUCCCGCUGCUCUCCGACGUCGGCAGCAACCCAUCCGCCAUCGACUACUACUCCCGCGUCGCCUCCAACCUCGCCGGCGCCGGCCGCCUCGGCGACUUCCUCAUCGCCGCAGAGGGCCUCCGCGCGGCCUCCGGCGAUGCCGGAUUCGCGGCCCGCAUCAACUGGCGCCUCCUCUCGCGCGGCGUCGUCGCCGCGCUCCGCGAGCACGGCCUGCCCCACGUGCUCGAGUUUCUCCGCGACGCCGACCGCAUCGGCGUCCACGCCACCGUCAUGCUCGACGCUGAUGCGUCCGACGCCGUGGCGGCCGCCUGCCGGCAGCUGCUGGACGAGCGCAUCAUGGCGGAGUUUGUGGAGGCCAUCGAGGCCCUAGCUAACUGUGGAUUCUUUGUUAAGGGCAUCGUGGAUCCAAUGGAUGUACUGAAAAUAUUCGUCAGGAAGCGAGAUCCAGAUAUGGCGAUCAGGUAUGCACGUAUCUUUCCACACUCCCAACUUCUACUCUGCAAUACUAUGGAAGCUUUUGGGAAAAGAAAGGAAUUGAAACAUGCCCUAAAGGUCUUUGGAGCACUCAAGGACCAGUUGGGAGGUAUCAAUAUGUUUGCGUGCCGAAGUAUCAUCGAUAUAUGUAGUCAUUGUGGUUCUUCUGUACAGGCUCGGAUCAUAUUUGAGGGGCUGCUUGCUGAGAAGAUUACUCCGAAUACACAUGUCUUCAACAGCCUUAUGAAUGCGAAUGCCCACAGCAUGAGCUACAAUUUUUCGGUCUACAAGCAUAUGCAAAAACUUGGUGUCCGUCCUGAUUUGGCGUCAUAUAACAUACUUCUGAAGACAUGUUGCAAUGCUAGAGAGUUCAACACGGCACAAGAAAUUUAUGAGGAAAUGAAGAAAAAGGAACACGAUGGGAUUUUAAAGUUAGAUGUUUUUACAUACAGUACGAUGAUGAAGGUGUUUGCAGAGGCAAAAAUGUGGAAGAUGGCUUCCAACAUCAAAGAUGACAUGCGGGCAGUUGGUGCUCGUCUUAACCUAGUCACAUGGUCAUCAUUAAUCAAUGCUUAUGCAAAUUCUGGUUUGGUUGAUGGUGCCAUAGAGAUCCUUGAAGAAAUGAUAAGGGAUGGCUGUCAACCUACUGCCCCAUGCUUCAAUAUUAUCCUUACUGCUUUGGUCAAGUCAUGCCAAUAUGAUAGAGCUUUCCGCUUGUUCAAUAGCUGGAUAGAAUUUGGAAUCAAGGUAUCUCUGUCGCUUGAACAGAAAGGAUCCCUUCCAGACAACUUCACAUUCUGUGAAGAGCAUCCGGGCACCAAUGGCGGCACUAUCUUGGUGGUUCCAUUUAGGCCAACAGUUACAACUUAUAACAUUUUGAUGAUGGCAUGUGGUACUAAUGAUGAACGUGCAAAGUCUGUAAUGAAUGAAAUGAAGCGGAAUGGUCUUUGUCCUGACCGUAUUAGCUGGUCCAUUCUGAUGGAUAUUUAUGGAACAUCUAAAAAUAGGAAUGGAGCUAUUCAGGCACUCAGAAGAAUGCAACGUGUUGGAAUAAAACUUAAUGUCUCUGCAUAUACUGUAGCUAUUAAGGCAUGUGUAGAAAGUAAAGAUUUGAAGUUGGCGUUGCACUUGUUUGAAGAAAUGAAAGCACACCAACUGAAGCCCAAUAUGGUGACAUACAGAACUCUCCUGACAGCGCGCUCCAAAUAUGGAUCUUUAAAGGAAAUCCAGAAAUGCUUGGCAAUCUAUCAGGAAAUGAGACAAGCAGGGUAUCAAGCAUAUGACUAUUAUCUCAAGGAAUUGAUAGUGGAAUGGAGUGAAGGAGUUUUGUCUAGUGAUGGUGGGAAUCGAAAUUUUUACCAUUUAGAUCGAAAAGAUGAGAGGAACGAAUCAUUCAACCUUUUUCUUGAAAAAGUGGCAAGAUUCUUGCAAAAAGAUGUUGAUCAAAAUCAAACUGUUGAUGUUCGUGGGCUUUCAAAGGUUGAAGCUCGCAUAGUUGUUCUCUCAACUCUCCGCAAAAUUAAAGAGAAGCAUCUUUUAGGAGUAGGAAGAGCAGUCCAGGAUGAUUUGGUCAUCAUCACGGGGCAUGAGAAGACAUCAUACACUGAUGUUGAAACGACUGCUACCGACGUCAAGCAUGCAAUAACUGCUGUUUUGACGGAUGAACUGGGUCUUGAAGUUUUUGUUGGACCAGAAAGCCGCCCUCCUGUUUCAUCCAAACUCAGAGCCCCUUCACGCCCUAGGAGACCACAGGGAAUGAUAAAAAUAACUGUCAACUCACUGAAUCAUUGGCUGAAGAGGAAAUCUGCGAGGGAUGUACAGUGACAUUUCCUUGGGGCAUUUCUUUGGCCAAUUUACCUGCAAGACUAUCCUGGAUGGAUGAUGUACAUACAACAAUAGGGCUGUUGCUCUGAUGUCCCCGGGACUCGGCACAGGAAGAUACCAGAAGGAAAGAUUUGUUGGUGGCCAAUGUAGUCUGAUUUGGUCCAGUAUAUCAGAUAUAUGGAAAAUCACAUUAUUUGGGGCUGUAAAUGUAACCACGUCAAUCCUCAACCGGGUAGCAUCCCAGGUUAAAAUUUUGAAGUGAUUAGAUGAUUGUUGUAAUCGCCAAUCUUCCACAUCAAAUGAUAAACAUUUUGACACA